AUGAGCCGCGAGAGCUUGCCACGUAUCACGUUCAACUUGCUUUCAGGUGUGAGCCGCUGCAGCUCCAUGGUAUCGGCCGUCAUAUCCCUCCAUGACCUCCCGCUUGUCCGGUCUCUACUGUCCAGCCUACGACGCCGCCGCCAGCUAUGGCCGUCCCUGUUCCGAGGAGUCCACCGACUGUCUGGCGUUCCGGAGCCGGAAGACACAAACAGGCUGGUGCUGGCUGGCGAUGGUGUCAUCGGAUCUGGCGCCUGCUUCGUCGGUGUCGCCAAGAUAACGUCUGGUUCAAAGGAAAGUCGGCUAGGCUGUUCGCCGCCAGUUGAAGUGGCCGAGCUUGGCGAGCUUCCCAUCACGUAG